AUGCUUCGACAGAUACUUUCAGUUACGACCCUACUUGCUUUCGUAACCGCGCAAAAUGAAGGCAUCAUGGAGACUCUCAACACCGUGCCGGAACUCUCCGAGCUCGUGACAUAUCUGGACAAGUAUCCAGGCCUCACCACAUGGCUUCAGGGACUAUCCGAUAUCACAUUCCUCGCUCCAAACAAUGAUGCAUUUGCCGUACUGGCCGACUCAUCAGCCGUACCGAGUCUACCAAUCGACGAGAUCGACGCAGAAGCGUUGAUAAGUUACCACGUGCUAGAUGGGACCUUCUACGGUUUCGGCUACGACGAGUUCAUCCACGUACCUACCGCUAUGCUACCCCAUGCGGACGCAAACGAGUCAAUGGUCACCGGUGGCAGCAUGGUCAUUGCCAGAGGCUCAUCCUGGUCCAGUGCCGUCACGUUCACGUCUGGAGACCAGGAGACGUCUGAGAGCGACGGCGAACCCUUAAACUUCACAGGUGGUGUCAUUUAUACCAUCAACUCCUUCCUGACUCUGCCGCAGACGUUCCAGGAGACCGCUGAGGAACAGGCCAUGCUUGGAGCGCAGCCUUUCGCCGACGCUGUGAUUACGGUUCCUGGCACCUUGGAGAACAUGACGAUCGAUGACUUGUCCGGCGUCACGAUCUUCUUGCCAAUGAAUUACUCCCUGCAGGAAGUCGGCAAUGUGAUUGAGAACAUGACCAAGUCAGAGUUCGAUCGAUUGGUUUCAUAUCACAUCAUCGACGAGGUCUUGGAAAUCAACCCGGAUUCGCCACCCAACGGCUACUACUCCACGUACGAAGGCACCGGCGUAACCAUCUUUAGCUCCAACGACUUUGUGUUCAUCAACAAUGCUCGAGUCGUCAGCUCCCCGAAUUGGAUCUUCAGGGGAGGCAUGAUCUACACCAUCUAUGGAGUCCUCAAUCCCCGCAACGUCUCCAUUGACGCAGACGCGAGUGACGCCGAAAUCGCUUUUGCCGGCGCGACAUACACUCCGGACUUCACAUUCCCUACCUCGGACAUUGGCUCGACACCCACCAGCUCGCCCUCGCCAAUCCCGAGCGCCAGUUCCAGCGGCCUGUCUACUGGCGCGAAAGCAGGCAUCGGCGCAGCUCUAGCGGCUCUUCUAGCCAUCCUCCUCGGAGUCUGCUUGCUCUGGCGUAUGAGACGGCGGAGCAGGCGCGAGCUCGGCGUGGACACUACCGUCCCUAAGUAUCAGUACCCAUUGGGUUAUCCCUUGAAGGACCUGGAAGUGUCGGUCUCUCAUGAGGAGCUGGUCGCCAAUGCGGCAAAACCUGCCCGCGGACCAAUCAAGGCGUUUACUCCGAGUGUGAGCGUCCAUUCACUUGGCCAAGCCGUGAAAGAGACUUCGAUUUGA